CCGGGCUGUCGUUCGACAAGAUGUGGGUACUGGCCCUCAAGAGCGUGCGGACUGAGGGUUUGUUUGACAAGUCGCUGUUCUUCGAGGAUCAGGAUGGCACGUGGGCCGUGCAUGUCGACGAAUGCGCGAAGCUUUUGGCGACCAUGUUCUUCUACAAGGAUGAAGCGGUAUUUGGUACUGCUCAUUUGACUCCAGCCCAGCUGGUCGAAAGCGUUGACGGCGACGUCGAGGGCUACGUGGACGUGAUCCGCUACGCCAUCCUCCAACUCCCCAAGAAGAAGACGACAGCCACCUGUCCAUCUUUAUUUUCCUUGCGCAAGCAGGCAGAACGAAGUAACGCCAUCUUCCGGUACUGGCAGAAUGACCUGAGGUAGACCAUGCCGGCGACAGAGUUUGCCGGCAAAGGAUGGAGCGUCGACCCACGAGAAAAGGGGAGCGACGGCGACGAACUCACAAAGGAGAACUGCGUGCUUGACCUGUCCGAGAAUGCUUACAUCGCCCCUGACCGAAAGACAGUCACGCUUGCGUGUGGUUGCAACCCGGACAUGGCCCUGUGCAACAGGUGCAGUGCAACAACAAGCUCGUUCGCUUGCGACUGCAGAAAUCGUUGCACCCUACGGCGGGCGGCGCCGGCACCCGUGCGUGCAGGGGGGAGGUCUGCGUCACGGCCUACGGUGGGUGCUUCUCAAACUAGGCGGGUAGAGGGUACCUCCCGACCCCAACCACCCAUCGAGAGUCGACCACGGCCAUCCUACAGUGCUGCCAAUGCCAUGGCACUCUUUGCCGCCUCUAUGAGGCAGCAGGAAUCGCAUGGAGCGGAACAGAACGACGUGGAGGCGGGGACCCCCGAGUAGCCUGCGAGCAAGGACGUUUCCGCCGGCGAGGCCGCGGAAUCUAAGAGCGCAGAGUUAAGAGGACCCCGAGUCGGACGAGAACGGCGACGGUUUGGUCGGUGCACUCGACGAUUUGAUCAAGUUGGAUUCGAGCGAAUCUGACUCCAGCCAUGGGGAACCUGACGGGGUGAGCGAGAAGUGCGUCGACUUCAACUAGAGUGACGGAGACACAGAUGAUGGUGUUGCGGAUCUCGUAACCGACGCCUGGAACUGAGAUCUGGCUACUU